AUGGAAUCCAUUUUCCACUUUAUCAACUCGGUUUCUGCUGCUGUUCCUAAACGACUUGAGCAACAAGAUGUAAAGAAGGUGAUCAGUGUCAGUGCUGCUAUUGCCGUUCUAUAUACUGCUUACAAAAUGGUGUCAAACAACUCAAAGAAGAGAGCUGCUCAGAAGCAAGACCUCAAAGAAAUACCUGUUCCAGGUGGAUCUUAUCCUAUCGUUGGGCAUUUGCUGUCGUUGGGAUCCAAUCCAAGCAAGACGAUUUCAAAAUGGCAUCAGGAACUGGGCCCAGUCCUCAAUAUCCACAUGGGCGCACUACAGGAAAUUCUUCAAAAGUAUUCAUCGCAUUACUACAGUAUAGAUGGUUUAGGUACCGUAUUUGCUCAACCUGGACCAAGCUGGCGGGAAGCAGGAGCCGUAGUUGCAUCUGCAUUGUCGCCCAAAUGGAUUGAUACCAAAUACAUGGGUCUGGUUGAAGAAGAAGCAAUCAAGUUGGUCGAUAGAUUGAUUGCGUACUCCGAGGCUGAAAACGGCGUUAAUCCCAACAAGCAUUUGCACUUGAACUCUUUGAACAUUGUAUUCAGUAUUGGGUUUGGAAAAAGAUACAAAAAGAUUGAAGAUCCCGAGUUUUCUCAUGUAUCUGACUGUAUCGUACGUUCAAUCAUGCUGGGAUCUUUAGAGAAUGACUUGGCCAGCUUUAUUCCUGGUUACUGUAUUACUGACUCCCUUGCUGGAUCAGAGACCGUCAUGCGUAACUUUAUUGAAAACGAAAGGAAUCCUAGAUACCGUGCAUUGAUGGCAGAAGGUAUGACAAGAGAAGGCCCCAAUGUAGUGAAAUCGCUGGAAGAGUUUACUAUCACAGCCGAUGAAAAGCUUGUUAUUAUGUGCAAGAUGGCUGAUCUUACUCAAGUACAAUGCAUAAUGCAUAUUGACACAUCUAAACUUAUGUAG